AUGGCAGCACCAACUAUCGCAAAAGCUCUCAUCGCCAAUUGGAUCGCAAGAUUUGGAGUUCCAGCUGUCAUUACAUCAGAUCGUGGACGUCAAUUUACAUCUACCUUAUUUGCAGAGCUAACAACAUCGCUUGGCAUAACACAUCUGAAGACAACACCAUAUCACCCACAAGCAAACGCUAUAGUAGAAAGAUGGCACCGAACGUUGAAGGCUGCAAUUUUAUGCAUUAACUCCGAACGUUGGACCGACUUUCUACCAACAAUACUCUUGGGCCUACGAACCGUCUAUAAACAAGACUUAGGAGCGUCACCGGCAGAAUUAAUCUACGAUACAACGCUGCGAAUUUCUUCAGAAUUUUUCGUACACGAUAGCCGAAUUAAAACACAGUCAGAAUUCGUCACUCAACUCAGAGUCUUAAUGAACACCACCAGACCAUCCACUACAUCAUGGUCCAAGGAAAGUAUUUGUGCAUCCCGAUCUUGCGACGUGCGUAAACGUUUUCGUCAGAAAUUAUUCAGUGCGCCCAUCAGUUUCAAAACCAUACGAAGGACCUUAUAA